AUGGCUCCCAUGCCCAAGCGAAUCGUGGAGGACGAGCCGAAGAAGGCGGCGUACGUGACUUUCCUCGCCGGCUCCGGCGACUACUGGAUGGGCGUGGUGGGCCUGGCCAAGGGCCUCCGCGCCGUCAACUCCGCCUACCCGCUCGUGGUGGCCGUGCUCCCCGACGUCCCCAUGGAUCACCGCCGCAAGCUGGUCGAACAGGGCUGCCUCGUCCGCGAGAUCGUGCCCGUGUACCUGCCGGAUAGCCAGACCCAGUUCGCCAUGGCGUACUACGUCAUCAACUACUCCAAGCUCCGCAUUUGGGAGAUGUUGACUGAUUCACUACCGGAAAACGGGCAUACGCCGACGGCCAAAGCUAUGCCUACGGCUGCCGUCGGCCUAGUUCGAGAUAUGCCGACGGCCCAGUCCUGGCCGUCGGCUUAA